AUGGCUUCUAGGAUGAUGAGAUGCCCCCUUUUACACCAUAUCCGAAAAUCAUCACCCUCCACAACAAAUCGUCCAUUUUCAUCAUCAUCCCACAAACAAUCUAAAUCUCUCUGCCCAACCCCAUUAUCCACCGAAACGAACUUGAUUACUCUCUCCAAUCUCUUUCAAAGGUAUGGCUUCUCACCCGAUUUUCUCAAAACGAACGAGUUUCUGCUCAGCUCAAACGAGUCAGAAAUCGAAAAAUCGUUUCAGAUUUUACUAUCGCUUAAACCCUCUCAAGACUUUCUUGUUUCCACUGUUACUGGCUGUCCCCGUGUCCUACAUCGUGAAAUCUUGGAACAUUGGGAACUGGGUUUUAAACGUUUGGGGAUUUGUAAUAAUCUUACAGAGCUUGCAAUUAGGAAUGUUCUCGAAACCGCCACGAAAUUCGGGCUGAGCCCGGAUUGUGUUUUUAGGUGUGUUGAGUUUCUGAAAGGUUUGGGCUUCAGUGGGAGCACCGUAGCUAGGGUUUUAGAAGCAGUGCCGAUGGUAAUUAUGUCGAACCGGGAUAAAAUUUUAAGUAAAGUUGAGUUCUUGAUGGGAAUUGGAAUCCCGGCGAGGGAACACGAUAGGGUAUUCCAUUCGUGUCCUCAGAUUCUAUCAUUUGGAGUGGCUGACAGAUUAAAACCUUUGCUCGACGAAUUCGAAGCGUUGGGUUUUGGCUCGGACGUGAUAAGAAGAGAGGUCCUUAGAGAACCCAAGAUUCUUGGUUUGGAAAAUGGUGAGCUUUCACAGUGUGUGGAGAUGCUUAGGAAGUUAAAAUGCCGGGCAGUCAUUAAAAAGAAUAUUUUUCAAGAUGGAGAGGUUAGAGCUGGAUACAGAGUGAAAAUGAGGAUUGAUUGCUUAAGAAAACACGGGCUGAUUUACAGAGAUGCGUUUGCGGUUUUAUGGAAAGAACCGAGGGCAAUUCUUUAUGAAAUCGACGAAAUCGAGAAGAAGAUCGAAUAUUUGGUUCGUGAGAUGAAAUUUGAUGUUCAAUGCCUGGUUGAGGUACCCGAGUACUUAGGGGUGAAUUUUGAAAAACAGAUUGUACCUCGGUUUAGAGUGGUUGAGCAUCUGCGCGCGAGUGAUGGGCUUGGGGAUGAGGUGGGUUUGAGGGAUUUAGUUAGGCUGAGUCGAAUGAGAUUUUAUAAUAUGUACGUGAAGCCAUAUCCGGAGUGUGAAAAGAUUUAUGGUAGGUAUAGUGGAGGUGGUGAGGCUCAAAAACAGCACCCAACCGGGAUGUGGAAGCUUUUUAGGCCGCAAAAGUAUCCCGAGACGAGAGACGAUGUUAAGAAUGUCAAGGCAUAUGUGGAAUCAUUGGCAUCAUUGCCUUGA